AAGUACGUCAUUCUGUUACGUUCGAUGUAUGGUUUCUUUCGUGAUUUCGCAUAGAAAUAUUCGUAAUCAUAAAAAGUGGCUUAAUUUAUAGUCAGAUUGAAAUUUCUGAGAUGCUAAUCAAUAAUGUAUUACUAUUAUAAAAUUGUGUUACGGUUGUUCAGUUUCUUGGUGCAAACUUAGGAAAGAAAUUAUAAUUAUAUUAGCUCAUAAUGAACUGUCAUCAAGUUCUUAGUGGUGCCUGUAAUUCAGGGGAUCAAUGUUUUGCUGUAGGUUCCGUAGAAGGAAUUCCUUUUACAGCAUAUGCAGCGGGAUGUAACAUAGUAAUUCUUGCAUCAAAUUUUGAGCGUGUUCAAAUAAUACCUGGUGCCAUACAUGGUUACAUUCGCAUAAGUUCUCUGGACUGCAGUACCGAUACGGGAAAGAUUGCUGCUGCAUAUGGUGCUGAAGUGUGCAUUUUUGAACCAACACCAUUGAUUCACACAGCAUCCACUACUCAUGGACUAGAAUACAGAUGGGUCCAAACAGGAAAAUUGGUGGCAGACGGCCCUAUAACCGCUCUAUCAUGGAACCUUGAAGGCACGCGUCUGCUCACUGGUGGUAGGAUUUUACAACUGUGGCAUCAGGCAUCGCUUUAUCAAGAUGAUAGUCAACCCAGUUCCGGCGUAACGUUUCAAAUCGGCGGCGACAAAGAUGACAAGCCAAAGCAAGCUGAAGAGGAUGAACCGGGUUGGUUGUGUGUUUGGCAAUGCCACACCGCAACACCGGCCCAUCACCUUGCGUUUUCACCAGAUGGAGUGCUUUUCGCGACCUCCGGAAUGAAUGAUAGACUCGUAAAGAUAUGGUAUCAGAACAAAGUAUUGGUUCAAACGCAAGGGGAACACUCGGCGCCGGAACUCAACUACACCUUCAUCUACGUCGCACAUCCGAGGGCAGUCACUCACCUCUCGUGGAGGAAGACUAGCAAAUACAUGCCUAAAGGCAGCGUGGGCAACGUACUAGUGACAUCAUGCGUUGACAAUAUCUGCCGCGUGUGGGCUGAAACGUUAUUGCCAGAAGACGAAUGGGGCGGAUGUGUGACCGCCCAUUCUCGUUCCCCACCCCGGAGACAACGCGCUACACAUCGGCAUAAACAUCGAUUCAUGCAACGUUUGAAGCAUAUGAAAACGUGUUUCCACAUCAGACGUACGGCCCAGUCUUCGAAGCAGCCGGGCGCUCCGAUUCCCACACUUCCUUCUACGUACAGCGCUCACGACUUCCACAACUCCUACCACGCUACGUCGUUUACUGCUGGUCUCCACUUCCACCUGGCAGCGUCAAUAAAUGCGGAAACAGACAUACCACUAGUUCCAUCUCUUUCUGGCGGUGGAAGGUUCAUCCUACACUGGCUUCAUAAUAAGGAAAUGCACUUCACGAGUCAAGCUGAAGCGAUAUUACAUGAUUUAACUAAAAAAAUAUUAGACAAAGAGGAAACUGAAGAAGGUGGUUCAACAUCAGAUCAAACACAGCCGGAGGGAGAAAAUCAUGAAAUAGGACAUAGGCGACCGAGUCAACAUUUGACUAAAGGACUGUCUGAAGACAACAGCAAUAGCGAUGAGCAAGCAGGAAAUGGCAACAGUCACCCAAGCCUUUCUAAUACGACGUCCAUCAACUCGAUAGCGACGGAUGUGACGUGUACACAUUUACCGGACUCCCUGGAUGCCAAAAUUGAGGCAUUGUUACGAGAUUGGCAUCAAAGCCCCGAUCUACUGUUCUCGAUACACCCUGUGGAUGGCAGUUUUCUCAUAUGGGUAUGUGAGUGGCUAGAUGAGUUACAAGCGGGUGCAAUACGGCAAGCCCAAGUGUCCUUCUCUGCACGAAUACCAUCCGCGUUUCCUCUCGGAGACGCUACUACCAUGUGUACGCCGGCCGCACUUUACCACGCAGCGGCCCAACCACUCUACGUGCGACAUAGGACAAAACCGGUUAAUACUGGCCAACAGCCAGAAAUUGUUACAACGCCACUAGCGAGUGUUCAAGAAGAAAAAGAUGAAAAUGAAUGGCCUCAAAAUGAUCAAAAUGCGGAAAAUCAAGAAAAUGGAGCAAGAGAAGAGAAUAACAACGAUAUGAAAAGGAAAACAAGUGUCGCAACCGAAGAUAUAGAGAAUCAAGACAGUGAUGUCUUAGAGUCAGCCCCAGUGAUAUCUAUGGUCACUAAUCACACAAAUGGGACACUCAAUCUAUGGCAGUUGACUUUUGAUGAUAAAUCUAAAUUUUCUCAAGUGCUGUCCAUCGGUCACGCUUCAAGAGCUUCGGGUCACAGGUUUAGAGUUAAUGACAUCACGUGCCAUCCAGUAUUGCCUUUGUUGCUCACUACGAGUCACCACAACAUAUCUGAUGAAGCGCGAGAUGUAGCUCCGACGGACGAUCAAUUUGCUGCUGGUGGUCUUUGUUCAGAACUAAUUAUGUGGCGCGUGGAAUGCGUGGGACCUUUGGGGAAGUCUGGUGGCGUCUCUGAAUUGGCGCGUGUGAAUUCACCCCAUUUGUCCGCAUUUAGUAAUGUUGCCUGGCUGCCCACCUUGCUGCCGAGCACUACAUUAGGAAAUCUUUCGAAUUCGCCAUCCGCAUGUUUCGUGGCAAGUGACGGAGAGAGUCUGCGUUUGUUCCAAGCCGUUAUUGAUGCGCGUACUCUGUUAGCUGAAAUAGCUUCGUCUGAACGCCGCCAUAAAGAUGUAAUGCAUGAUACAAUGUCGAUAUCAUCAGAAUCAACUGUCGAAGAAGGAGGAGUUCCUCUUCACGACAGAUUCAAAAUAGUCUCCCAGCAAUCUACGGCACGGCCAGGAGCAAUAAUACAAUUACAUGCAAUCGCUGAUGCAACACACGAUUGGCAUAACACGCAACUGUUACACGUCUUUCAAGAACAGCUAAUUACAGGAGAAAGGACAUCAACAGAAAGUGCGGAUUCUGGUGUGGAAGGCGACGUGAAUACGAUAACGGAAGCUGGAAUGGAGGCAAUAGUGGAUCUGCGGAAAGCCGCAGUUUUUAAUGAGCCCUUCUACAUUGUUGUUCUUGAGAGGACAGACGGUGGCUCCACGGUACAUAUGUGGAGGCUAACUGUAUCUUCGCAGGGUGAUAUUAAUGAUGAUAUGACGAAUAGUAUGAUGUACGUUCCUGAUAGUGCUUUAGUGCAAGAAGAUGAGGGCGAGUCCCGAAAGAAUUCCGUGUCAGUAGAUGUCGACCAAGCAGCACCCGCACAUCAAAUUCACUCACAUCUAUCUAUUUCUACGAAAAAGGUCUGUGAAUGCCCGUUAUCACUCCCAGAAGGCGUAGAUGUGAUUCACGCGACACCAGCGGCUGGCCACCUUAGCUCAGCUUCCAUUUAUCCCGCCUGCCUUGCCCCGUAUAUACUAGCUACUGCCUGCUCUGACAGUACACUCAGAUUUUGGAAGUGUGACGUGACUAAAAAAGAUGAUGAUUUUCAAUAUUCGUGGAAGGAAUGGGAAAUGAUGAAUAAAGAUCAAGAAUCUACUAUUGAUAUACCAGGGCAACCCUUACACAUAAGCGCAGCGUACUCGGGUCGAAUUGCGUGCGCGUACAAAUGCGGACGUUCCUUUACGAGACCUAAAGGCCUGUCCACAACGAAUUUGAACAACCCAGACGCACGUUUCGUGAACUUAUGCGUUUGCGUAUACGAAUGUGAGAGUACCGGUGGCGCGGAGUGGUUGUUAGAAGAUACGAUACCAUUGCGAAAUGUCAGCUUACCACGGGUUGGAGUCUGUACUGAUACCCAGAUAGAUCUCUCGUACUUGCAUGAUACAACAUUUAUGCAGAAGAAACAGAGGAUUAAUCAGGUCCUACAAACGCUAUCAUCAGACGAAAGCCGUAAUAAUCGUAAUGGCGAGGCUGACACGGGCAAAUCUGCCGGUCUUCUCGCCGUCCCGUCAUUCAGUACUUUACAAUCGCUGCGCAAGAGCAUAAUGGAGAAUGGCAACACUUGUCCACUCACACAGAAGCAUUUGGUGCAGCUCGACUGGGUUUCUAAGGAGGAUGGGUCUCAUAUAUUGACAGUAGCUGUCGGUUCCAGGGUUUUGCUAUUCACGCCUGUCUCGAGUGAUUUAGCGCAGGCAAAUAUAAAGGCAAUGAAGGAAUCUAUUAACAACAAUCGUCCGAUACUUCGCAAAGCCUCGUCUCUAGCCGCGCCAUUAUUCGUCGAAGAGAUAAGGUGGAUGCAAUUACGUCGUAUAGAAUUGAAAACGGCUGAUGGUCUACCGCCGUUGCCUAUGCAGAUAUCGUGGGUCAGAGAUGGUAUAUUGGUUGUGGGUAUGGACUCGGAGAUGCAUGUAUAUUCACAAUGGAAGCCAGAGAACUCACAGAUUACGUCUGGGCAGCAGAAUGGACAGGAAGUCGAAGAAGGCGGAGAAGCCCGCGCUCUGAGGGACUCUGAUUUACGCGUGUCGGCGCCACACUUGCAACGUGUGUCCUCUAUCAACUUACAAUUAUUAGAGAGAGACGCAAGACGUAAAAACAAAACACAACCGGAUCAACCGCAGCCAUUAUUAAACUACAUGCCCGACUUUGGUCUAUUUGAGGCAUCGCAAAUGGCUUGCCCGGUUCUACCGCAAUACCACCCUAAACAGUUAAUGGAAUUGCUUAAUAGCGGCAAGAUUCGAUGGGUGAAAGCUAUAUUGGCACAUUUAGUAAGAUGUAUAGGUGGAACAUACACCAGUAGAAGCUCCCAAGGCGAUGAGGAUAGUAUAUCUCGACAGCGUGGCUGGUCGCGUUCGCGUACGCUGUCCGUUUCGUUCGCUGCGGGCGCUGCAUCGCCUCUUGACGGCGUCGCACAGAUAACAGAAGAUGUGCAGCUGGAUUAUGCUGAAUUGACAUCGGUCCCUCCUUUACCGCUGUGGACAUUACUUGUUGCUGACAAGGAAUCUGCACACCAUCCCUCUACUAUUCAGGAAGCUAAGGACUACAAUGAACUCUUUGAAGGAACAAUGGAGGUGGAAGAAGAUCUAGACGCUUUACUCUUAGAAGACGAAGAUGUCGUAGAUAGGAGGCCUUCAAUGCCUGAAAGACAACCGUUAUCACAUUUUGGACCACGACAAGGUCGCAUCCUUUCGCGUCUGUUAACCCACACUCAUUUGCCUGGUCUCAGUUCACUUGACCAAAUGCAUCUUCUUGCCUUGGCUGAUACUGUAUCCACUUGCGAUGCGGAUUUCACAGAACGAUUGACAACCAAUACUAGAGUGGAUGUCGCUCAAGGUGGUGGACAGGAAGUUAUGCCGGAUUCCCUCGAUGACUGCGGACUUCGGUUCCUAUUAGCGAUGAAGCACUACGGAUAUCUUCUCCGAUGUCUGCCGCUGGCCCAACGCGCCUCCCUACAAAGAAUAGGCGUUGGCACCUGCAAUCUUGUAUGGGCGUUCCAUUCCGAGUCACACGAACAGUUGCUGGCUUUAGUACCAGGGUACACCAAAGGACAAGCUAAAUGGAGUACUAUGAGAGAAUUAGGUGUCGGUUGGUGGGUGCGUGGCGAUCUUCUCCGUACUUGUGUGGAGAAAUUAGCCCGUGCCGCUUAUAUGGCUAAGCAGGAUCCGAUGGAUGCCGCCUUGUAUUACUUGGCUAUGAAAAAGAAGACUCUGCUAUGGGGUCUAUUCAGAUCAAACCAUCAUGAUAAAAUGACUGCAUUCUUCUCGAAUGACUUUUCGGAAGAUCGUUGGCGGAAAGCAGCCUUGAAAAAUGCUUUCGUCUUAUUGGGAAGACAGAGAUUUGAGCACGCAGCUGCCUUUUUCCUUCUUGGCGGUGCUUUAAAGGACGCUUUAGAGGUGCUGAUAACUCGUUUGGGAGAUUUGCAACUGGCCAUGGUUAUAGCGAGAUUGUAUGAAUCUGAAACUACUCUUCCGCCAAGUUUGAAGAAGUUAAUAAUGGAUGAAAUAUUGGGCGGUGACUCAGAAAACGGUGACGUGGACUUAGAACGCGCUCACGCAGAUCCAUUCAUCCGUUCCAUGGCGUUGUGGGAACUAAAGCGACAUGGAGAGGCGUUAGACACACUUUUAAGUCCAGCCGGACGUUUACAUGCUGCCACAGAUAAUAACGAGCCACAACCGAGCGUAUUCAACUUCUACGUAUACCUACGUACACAUCCGAGAUUGAAGCGGCAUAAUAUGCCAAGUCAGGGUGCGACACUUGCUUUACUAAAUCAAGAGUCAGAUGAAGGCAUCACUCGUCUGGAACGCCGUUUGUACUUCCAAACGGCCCAUGGGCACUUCAAGGCAGGAUGCCCUGCGCUAGCUUUAGAAGUUCUGUCGAAGCUGCCAUCACGUAUAAGAGAUGAUAAACCGAAGGCAGUUGUGCCUGUAGUCGAUCAUGCUGUUAUUCAUACAGGACAGUUGAGCGAAGAUAAUAGUAAAAAAGAGGAGACUACCGUGGACUGGGGUGCAUCAUCAGUAGAUUGGAGUGCUCCAGUCAUAUCACCCAAGACUGAUGAACUUAAUUUAGAUUGGGGAGCUCCCGUUAGUUCUGCGAAGGAUGAAGAACUAGUCCUUAGUUGGGAUAAUGAUGACAAUAAUUCUGAAGCAUCCGGAACAUCAACCCCACCUCUAGAGAUGAAGACUGGUAAAACCGAAGAAGAACCUAUUAUUGAAACACACGAGAAAGAGAAAGAUGAACCGCCUGCGGUGGAUAUUAUGGCACAGCAGUUGAAAUUCGUAGCUUGUCUCAAAAUACUUAUGGAGGAACUUAGCACGCUCGCUACUGGAUUUGAAGUGGAUGGUGGUCAUCUCCGAUACCAACUAUACAUUUGGCUGGAGCGUGAAGUCGAAGCGCUUCGCCGCCUUUGCGGAUAUGUGGCCACGCCCCCAGCGGGCGAACUUUUGUGCGCAGACCCAGAACAAGCUUCUUUACCGGAUAAACCUACAUUACACCAGCUAUUGGUACGCGAGAAAGCCGACUUUGAAGCUAAAGUGCAAAGAGCAGUUCGACGGAAGAAGUGGCUCAAAGCCAAUGAAACACUCCUACGCACGCUGCUUUCAUACUGUUCCCUCCACGGCGCGGGUGGCGGAGGCCUGGCCUCUGUUCGUAUGGAGUUAGUACUAUUACUUCAAGAAUUGGGACAAGACAAGCAACACCAACAAUUGCUGUCGCCGUUGCCAUUCCCAACAACAUUGCCUUUGCUGGCUGCUGCCGUUGCUGCUAAUAACACGGUCGUCGCGGAUCCUGUUAGGCAUUUGCAGGCGGUAGCUCAUGACAUGUUGGGGACGAUCGGAGAGUUGGGUGUACCAGGAGGGUCAGCGACGCGAAUACUCCACACUUUAAGAGAAUUGGCCGUAGCUCUAUCUGCCUGUAUAUAUCAGAGUUUGUGCGAUUCUGACACAUUUAGCUUGAAGCAUCCACAGCAUCAUGAGGGAAUAAUUGCUGAAACACCGGGAACUGCGAAUCUUCUUGUGAGAUCAAGACGCUACUCGACUGAAGAGUUAGCUGUCACUACUCCGUCCAAUAAGUGGCCUGGUGUAUCAGCCCUCCGUGGACUGGCAUUACGGGCUGCGGAAGAGGAAGACGCUCCACGCCUUCCCGUGUUACUCGCGGAGGCCUUCUGCGCUGUUUAUCUCGCUUUAUUGGGUUGGGCAUUAGCUGCUAGAGAUGCCCAUCUCCUAUACAGAUUAUCUGCACUUAAUAUGGAGACGAAAAUUCACUCAAGGCUAUUUGGUGGUGGUGUAAGAAGACUGCUUACGACUGCACCAGCACCGCCACAACCAAAGAUAAUAGAACGAACAGAAGGUACGUCAGUCUGGUCGUCACUUCGGGAGAAACGGGCCUUGUUGCAUAUGCGCCUUCUAGGUUUGGGACCCACCGCGCCUCACACUAAUAUACAAGAAGGCAGGCCCACGUACAGAGAACAGUUUGUGUCACCACAAUGCAGUAUUCUCACAUAUUUACUUACGAAGCCGUCACCCGAACAAGAUCCUGAUAACAAUGACUACGAUUCAGCAGAAUCAGGAGUAGAAGAUGAGCAUGAGAGUGAGAGUGAAGCUGAAGACGACAUCUUUGAUACUUCCGCCCCUAAGUCAACGAAAUCUCGAAGCAACACCGAACAUUCAGACCCAGAAUCGUACUCUUGGUACGUUAUGCGUGUCGGUGUGUUGAGACUCGCGCAAAGCAAACUACAAAGUUUCCUACAGCUGUGUGGCAUUGAGAUGUCUGAACUAGCGACAACCAGCCCCACAGUACAUGCCGCUUUACGCCGCGUGGAGCAAUGGCAGCAACAAUUGACUGAAACUUUGGAGUCCCGUCCAUCUCCAGUCGAUUAUAUCCCGGGUUGCUUCCCGGAUAGAACAACGAGUGGACCACCAAUAAACAAAUACAGAUGUCUCCUGGAAAAACACAAUACGCCCUUCAACUCGUCCAUCUACAGUUCGGCGUCCGCACGGCGACUGUGGAGCUAUCUCGUAAGACAAGAACAAAUUCAGGACGUAUUCAUACGUGCUGUGUUCUCGCGUAGACGCACUCAAUCCGUAUCUGGCGAGACAGCGCCCUGUACAGACAGGCCUGCGACGAAACAGGACGAUGAUCUUCACAGUCCAGUUCGAAUUAUUCAUAAGGAACAGGACUCCAUAGCUGCGUUUUGUCUUAAUAAGGUGGGAGGUGGACUCCUGGCAGUGGCAACGGCACGUGAAGUGCAAGAGAUGGACGUGUCUCUCUUAUUACGAGGAGGUGCCUGUUGGGCUGAAGAUGAAUGCGAAGUAGAUCUACUCGCUUUGGCCUCCGACCCUGCAGCUCUACCCGAUACCGGCUUCCUGCUGAUACAGCAUCAUGACAAGGGCAACGGUGGUUCUGUGCCUGGAACAGGAAAUACUUCUCCAAUGAAUCCCAACGCGCCACAGGCGCCUGUAGGAAUGGCCGGACAGACAGGAAGGGGAGCUAGCGUGGUGAAAGGAUUGCAGUUCCCGGGUUGCCACGACGCGAAAUACUGUCGUCUGGUGCUACAUCGCUCCAAGCUUCUCAUGAGACCGGUGUUGAAGCAUAAGAUUGACAACAUUAAGCGUAUGGCAGCGCACCCUUCACAACCAUUAUAUUUGACGGGAGGCGCAGACGGCUCAGUUCAACUUUGGGAGUGGGGCCAUCCCUAUUGUGUAUGGUCUCCACGCGCACCUGGUGCUUUUGCAAAAGUAACCCGGGUACGAUUCUCGGACUACGGCAAUAAGUUCGCGGCAUCAGAUGCGGACGGCAAUCUUGCAAUGUGGCAAUUGCAGCCGUCCUCCAAAAAUGGAACCAGCCAGCCGCAGACACCACCGAGGCCAUUCUUUACUCACCAGUGUCAUAGCAAAGGAAUUAGUGACUUUGUUUUCUUGGGUUCCUGUAGUUUAGUAGCCACAGCCGGUCACAGUUCGGAAAGUAAAAACGUGGCUAUUUGGGAUACUUUGAUGCCGAUUAAGAAGGCUUUAGUCGUUUCGUGGACGUGCCACGAAGGCGGCGCCUCUUGUGUCGCAUGGGCAGGCGGCACUGGCGCAUUGGUCUCGUGCGGGCGUCGCGGCGACGUGCUCGUUUGGGAUUUACGUGCACGUGCACCAAGACACAAGUUGCACGCGCAUCACGCGCCCAUAAAGUGCGUGGCACUCUCACCUAAAGAGGAUUAUUAUGCUAUUGGCGCCGCCGAUGGGGAUAUAAAGGUGUAUUCGCUCGCGACGCAUCAAUUGUUGCAUACGUUCGCGGGUGAACACGCAAGAAGUUCCUUCUUCAAACAUAUUGGACAAGGUGUCACACAAAUACAUAUUGAUAAUGGCGGCCGUUUGUUCUCGUGUGGUGCAGAUGGAACAAUGAAAGUGCGCAAGUUGCCAGAACGAGAUGCGCCACUGCAUCAUGCGCACUACACUACUUAGUGAACUUUAGGAAAAUAGAGGGUAGAUAGGAAAAAGGAACGCGCUCGGCCGGAGUGAUCGUGUUGUUGUUGUUCGUGUUACAUGUACCCUAGACUAGUCACCGAGUAGCCCAUAAUUUAGUCUUAUAUGAAUCUUUAGUUCAAUUGUAUAAUUUAACCUCUCCUAGACGAGGUCUAUUUAUCCCGAAUGAAUGUCGGCCUAAGGGAAACAGUCCUGUGUGCAAUCCCUCGCUGUCUUAUGAUUCCGACUAAGUCGAGCCUUCUAUGAGAUGUAAGCUCGCAUUUAAUGUAAUCUUGUUGACGCAUAAUAAAUAUUUUAAUACUUCUAAUUGUCGUCGUGGCUUAGUAUGUGUAUUUAAAUAACUAUUCUUAUAAUCUCUAUCAAAUAUUGUUCAGUCUCAUUGGCAUUCUACAUUUAAUAACCUUAGGUGUAAGUGUUGCUCCCCCUUUAAUCUAUUGAGUGUUGUUCAAUGGUCCAUUUUUCUCAGCAAUAUAUUUCGCGAGCAAUAACAGAAGCCUCGGAAAACAGUAUUAAGACAUGUGUGAAGGCUGCGAAAUGUUUUUAAAUUAUAUGUUGUGAUGUGAUAGUUGACGGUAAUAUAGCAUUUUAUUCCGAUUAACUCGGAUAUUAAUCAAACAUAUUUUGUCUGUCUUAUUUCAAUUUGCUGUUCUGUUACAAUCUUUCCAAUGUUUAGCUAAAAGACAAUUUCUUAGAUAUUGUUUUUAUUUAAUUGUAUUUUAGGAUAAUUAUUAUUUAGUAACCAAAGUAUAUGCGUACGUAAUAUUCACAUUGAAACAAGUUACCAAACGUUAGAAAGUAUUUUUUUAAACCGCACAA